AUGGUUGCCAACUUCAAUAACGACGGCCAAUUGCCUCAGAAGGGCUACACAGAGAACAACUCGGCCACGUUCCAGUCCACCGGCAACCCAUGCCUCGACUUCUUCUUCCACGUGGUCCCUGACACCCCGCCCGAGUCCCUGACCCGGAGGCUCGAGUCAGCCUGGGCCCACGACCCGCUUACCGCCCUCAAGCUCGUGUGCAACCUCCGGGGCGUGCGCGGGACCGGGAAGUCGGACAAGGAAGGGUUCCACGCAGCGGCCAGGUGGCUAUUCAAGAACCACCCCCGCACCCUGGCCUGCAACGCUGGGGCCCUCGCGGGGUUCGGGUACUUCAAGGACUUGCCAGAGAUCCUCUACCGCCUCCUCGAGGGCCCUGACAUCAGGGCAAGGCAGAAGUGCGAGUGGCUACAGCGGAAAGGCCCCAAAAUUGUUAGGUGGCGAUUGCAAUCGCGACUUAGAUGCCGCAAUCAGUCCAGAAGAAAGAAGGGGAGAAAGACGUUGAGGGCAGCGCCCCAGGAAGUGAGGGUUGCAAACGCGGCAGCGCAUGACCAGGAGCUGAAGCAGAAGGCAAGCGAGCUGAGGAAGAAGAGGAGGAUCGCCAUGGCAGGGAAGCUCCUGGAGCGGUACAAGUGCGAUGGGGACUUCCGGUUCCUCCACGAUGCAGUGUCUAGGCACUUUGCGCAUUGCCUGACGGCUGACCUGGAGUUUCUGAAAUCCGGGGAGAUCAACAAGAUCAGCCUCGCAGCCAAGUGGUGCCCAUCGCUCGACUCGUCCUUCGACCUCGCUACACUGCUCUGUGAGAGCAUUGCGAAGCGGGUCUUCCCGCAGGACCGGUUUCCUGAGUAUGAGGGGCUCGAGGAGGCGCAUUACGUGUACAGGGUCCGGGACCGGCUCCGGAAGAAAGCCCUCGUCCCACUCCGGAGGGUCCUGGAGUUGCCGGAGGUGUACAUGAGUGCGGGGCAGUGGGGUGACAUUCCAUACAACCGGGUGGCCUCCGUGGCCAUGAAACUCAACAAGAACAAGUUCCUGAAGCAUGAUGGCGAGCGGUUCCAGAGCUACCUGGCCGACGUGAAGUCUGGCAAAGCCACGAUGGCCGCUGGCGCACUGCUCCCUCACGAGAUUGUAGCCUCACUUGAGGACCCCGACGGGGGCGAGGUCGCGGAGCUCCAGUGGAAGCGGAUGGUGGAGGAUCUAUCCAAGGAGGGGAAGUUGGAGAGUUGCAUCGCUGUGUGCGACGUCUCAGGGAGCAUGUCAGGUACGCCGAUGGAUGUGUCGGUGGCGCUCGGGCUGUUGGUGUCAGAGCUCAGCCGAGAGCCAUGGAAGGGUAAGGUGAUCACAUUCAGCGAGCGCCCUCAGCUCCACGCAAUACAAGGCAACUGCUUGCGCUCCAAGACCGAAUUCAUCCGGAGGAUGGAAUGUGGUAUGAACACCGACUUCCAGAGAGUGUUCGAUAGGAUACUUGAGGUGGCCACCGCGGGGAAACUGAGUGCGGAGGAGAUGGUCAAAAAGGUGUUUGUGUUCAGCGACAUGGAGUUCGACCAGGCGUCCUCGAAACCGAGGGGAAUGUACUACUGGGGGAACCCGUACCCGUGGCAACCGUACUACGAGGCGUCCUCCUCGAACCCGAGCCCGUGGCAACCGUACUACGGGGCGUCCUCCUCGGACCCAUGGGAAACAGACUACGAGGUGAUCACGAGGAAGUUCAGAGAGCACGGUUAUGGGGCGGCGGUGCCGCAGAUCGUGUUCUGGAACCUGAGGGACUCGAGCUCGACCCCGGUGGUGGCGAAGCAGGUGGGGGUGGCGCUGGUUAGCGGGUUCUCGAAGAACCUGAUGAAGGUUUUCCUGGACGACGAGGGGGUCAUAAGCCCCGAAGCCCUCAUGGAGGCCGCCAUCUCAGGGGAGGAGUACCGGGAUCUCGUGGUGGUUGAUUGA